AUGACUACUUUCAACGUUCAGAACCCACAAAAUAAUUCGCCCUCCACUGUUUCCCUAGAACCUAGAGUAGCAGACGAUAUUUGCAAGAAAGUUGGCGCAUUUUUGGCACGAGAAGCAGGCUUCACGAGCGUGACCCCGGCUGCAUACGAGACCCUAGGAAAUUUAGCAGGAUUAUUUAAAGCAUCACAAGCCUACGCAGAACUUUCACGUCGACCACAACCCAAUCUUAAUGACAUAGAAAAGAGUUUGAGAGAUCGGAACCUCCGAACUGGCGCGUUGGAAGGUUUUAUGGAGAAAAUUCGAGGGAAGGAAAAUUAUCGCAAUAUUGCGUCGAAAUUAUCGUCAUCUUUAAGGCCAACGUCGUCUUUAGUAAGAUUUGAACCACCGAUGUUCGCUCCGGAAGACAUAGUGGAAAGCGAAGGGGAGAACGACGAACCGAAAAGUAAACGUCAAAAAAGGUCUUCCUUAAGCUAUCCUGCUCGUCCAAGCUACGUCCCUUCGUAUUUGCCACCAUUCCCGAGCAAGCAUUCUUACAAAAGGACACCGGUGUACCUGAAACGUCAAGAUAGUGACCCAAUACAACUACGCGAACUAAGUUUGGUUCAGGUGAAAUUAGUAGAAAAAAGUCUACAAAAACUAACCCGUCAUAAUGAUGAACAAACUUUGAUUCAUUCAAACAUUCCGGAUUCCCCCUCAACUUCCUCGACCGUCGUGUCUGCUAACUCUUCACCUACAGCCAAUGAUUCGUCUGUGCCCACGUCGAUUUUAAAUUUUAAUUCUACAAUUUUGCAUACAGGUGCCGAUCAGAGACUUAAGCGUGACGUGAAGGAUAAUAGCGUGAUAACUUUAAAAGACAUGACUUUGAAUGAAGAUAAAAAGAAGCCUAAGAAGAUUCAGGUGUCUUGGAGCGAAUUGUGUAUAGGCAAAUAA